GCAGCCGGGCGGGGCGGGCGCCGGCGGGGUGGCCCCCCAGUAAGAUGUGCGCGGCGCCGCGGGGCGCCCCCCACUCGCAGCGGCGCUCGGGAGCCGGGCAGCUGGGCCAGGCGGCGCCUCGGGGGCUCCUGCGCGCCCGCGCCUAGAGCUGCCGCCCCAGGGAGCCCGCCACGGCCGCGCCCCGGGCACGCUCGGCGGCGCCCAACGAUGACCGCUCCCUGGCGGCGCCUCCGGAGUCUGGUUUGGGAAUACUGGGCCGGGCUCCUCGUGUGCGCCUUCUGGAUCCCGGACUCGCGCGGGAUGCCCCACGUCAUCCGGAUCGGAGGAAUCUUUGAGUAUGCAGACGGCCCCAAUGCCCAGGUCAUGAACGCCGAGGAGCAUGCCUUUCGAUUUUCUGCCAACAUCAUCAACAGGAACAGGACUCUGCUGCCCAACACAACCUUGACCUACGACAUCCAGAGGAUUCACUUCCAUGACAGCUUCGAGGCCACCAAGAAGGCCUGUGACCAGCUGGCGCUGGGCGUGGUGGCGAUCUUCGGGCCGUCACAAGGCUCCUGCACCAAUGCGGUCCAGUCCAUCUGCAAUGCCCUGGAGGUGCCCCACAUCCAGCUCCGCUGGAAGCACCACCCGCUGGACAACAAAGACACCUUCUACGUGAACCUCUACCCCGACUACGCCUCUCUCAGCCAUGCCAUCCUUGACCUGGUCCAGUACCUCAAGUGGCGGUCGGCCACCGUGGUCUAUGACGACAGUACAGGGCUCAUCCGACUGCAGGAGCUCAUCAUGGCCCCGUCGAGAUACAACAUCCGCCUGAAGAUCCGCCAGCUCCCCCUCGACUCUGACGACUCUCGCCCCCUGCUCAAGGAGAUGAAGCGAGGCCGGGAAUUCCGCAUUAUCUUCGACUGCAGCCACACCAUGGCUGCCCAGAUCCUCAAGCAGGCCAUGGCCAUGGGCAUGAUGACCGAGUACUACCACUUCAUCUUCACCACUCUGGAUCUUUAUGCGUUAGACCUGGAGCCCUACCGCUACUCAGGGGUGAACCUGACGGGCUUCCGGAUCCUCAAUGUGGACAACCCCCAUGUCUCGGCCAUCGUGGAGAAGUGGUCCAUGGAGCGGCUGCAGGCGGCUCCCCGGGCAGAGUCCGGCCUGUUGGACGGAGUGAUGAUGACCGACGCGGCCCUGCUCUACGACGCCGUCCACAUCGUGUCUGUGUGCUACCAGCGGGCACCCCAGAUGACCGUGAACUCCCUGCAGUGCCAUCGGCACAAGGCCUGGCGCUUUGGCGGCCGUUUCAUGAACUUCAUCAAGGAGGCUCAAUGGGAAGGAUUAACUGGACGGAUUGUUUUCAACAAAACCAGUGGCUUACGGACGGAUUUCGAUCUGGACAUCAUCAGCCUGAAGGAGGAUGGCCUGGAGAAGGUUGGAGUGUGGAGUCCUGCCGAGGGGCUCAACAUCACGGAGGUCGCCAAAGGCCGAGGCCCUAACGUCACCGACUCUCUGACAAACAGGUCACUCAUUGUCACCACAGUGCUGGAGGAGCCCUUUGUCAUGUUCCGGAAGUCUGACAGGACCCUGUUCGGGAAUGACCGGUUCGAGGGCUACUGCAUCGACCUGCUCAAGGAACUGGCCCACAUCCUGGGCUUCUCCUACGAGAUCCGGCUGGUAGAGGACGGCAAGUACGGGGCGCAGGACGACAAGGGCCAAUGGAACGGGAUGAUCAAGGAGCUCAUCGACCACAAAGCAGAUCUGGCCGUGGCGCCCCUGACCAUCACCCACGUCCGCGAGAAGGCCAUUGAUUUCUCCAAGCCCUUCAUGACGCUCGGUGUGAGCAUCCUGUAUCGCAAGCCCAAUGGCACCAACCCCAGUGUCUUCUCCUUCCUCAACCCCCUGUCCCCGGACAUCUGGAUGUACGUGCUCCUCGCCUACCUGGGUGUCAGCUGUGUCCUCUUUGUCAUCGCCAGGUUCAGCCCUUAUGAGUGGUACGAUGCUCACCCCUGCAACCCUGGCUCUGAGGUGGUAGAAAACAACUUUACUCUGCUGAACAGCUUCUGGUUUGGAAUGGGGUCCCUGAUGCAGCAAGGGUCUGAACUGAUGCCCAAAGCCCUGUCCACACGCAUCAUUGGUGGCAUCUGGUGGUUCUUCACGCUCAUCAUCAUCUCCUCCUACACGGCCAACCUGGCCGCCUUUCUGACCGUGGAGCGCAUGGAAUCGCCCAUUGACUCUGCCGAUGACCUGGCCAAGCAAACCAAAAUCGAGUAUGGGGCUGUCAAGGAUGGGGCCACCAUGACCUUCUUCAAGAAAUCCAAGAUCUCCACCUUCGAGAAGAUGUGGGCCUUCAUGAGCAGCAAGCCCUCGGCGCUGGUGAAGAACAACGAGGAAGGCAUCCAGCGGACGCUGACGGCCGACUACGCGCUGCUCAUGGAGUCCACCACCAUCGAGUAUGUCACCCAGAGGAACUGCAACCUCACCCAGAUCGGGGGCCUCAUCGACUCGAAGGGCUACGGCAUCGGCACGCCCAUGGGCUCCCCCUACCGCGACAAGAUCACCAUCGCCAUCCUGCAGCUGCAGGAGGAGGACAAGCUGCACAUCCUGAAGGAGAAGUGGUGGCGGGGCAGCGGCUGUCCCGAGGAGGAGAACAAGGAGGCCAGCGCCCUGGGGGUCCAGAAGAUCGGGGGCAUCUUCAUCGUCCUGGCUGCCGGGCUGGUCCUGUCUGUGCUGGUGGCCGUGGGCGAGUUUGUGUACAAGCUGCGAAAAACAGCAGAGCGGGAGCAGCGUUCCUUCUGCAGCACCGUGGCCAACGAGAUCCGUUUCUCCCUCACCUGCCAGCGCCGAGUCAAGCACAAGCCACAGCCUCCCAUGAUGGUCAAGACGGACGCCGUCAUCAACAUGCACACAUUCAAUGACCGCCGGCUUCCGGGCAAGGACAGCAUGACCUGCAGCACAUCGCUGGCCCCCGUCUUCCCCUAGGCACGGGGGCUGGGGACCGCAGGCCUGAGGCCAGGGUGGAGGAAAGCGAAGGAGACUGGAGGGAAUGUCCCCUGUUCCCACGCUGGGCUUGGGGCCCAGAGCUGCUGCCUGCCUAUUGGGUCAGGGACCCUCUGCCCUUACCUACCAGGAAACCAGCAGGCCCCCAGGCCAGCCACUUGGGCUUCACUCUUCUCUUGUUUCUUCUAUGGGUUUCUAAAGCUGCCAGCCGAGACAGCCAAGGCCAAAGGAAGCACACGCCUCUCUCAGGCCAACCUCAUCUGCCCCUCAUCUCUCCUCUACAGUCAGAAGUUUCUACCAUGGCCCUGCAGAGGCCAAAGAAAGUGAGAAACAGCUCUUAUAUUGCCACUCCCUCCCCAUGGGCCCAGGCCUCCUGGGGCUUGACUGUGAGAUCAGAGACACAAACCUGGGGCACCAUAAGGAUGUUAUAGUUUGGCUGCCAAUGGCAGCUGAAUAUGGGGACUGGGCCACCCUACAUGCCCAGACAGAAGGAAAACUUCAUCCCCUAGGGGCUGCCCACCUGGUCCUGGUCUCCUGGACUUGGCACCACCCAUGGCAGCCCCUAUUUGGCAAAGUUGAAGGCAGAGACGCCCACAGGGGAAAAGAAGAGUUUGGGGUCUGGGAGAGAGGAGAAUGCACAGAGACCACCAUUUUUAAUUCUUAUGGACAGUGUCCCAAUGGCUCCCACUCCUCGGGAGGUCUCUAGGAGUAUAAGUGGGGGAGUAGUCAGAGCAAAUACUUUUCCACUUUCUGGCCAGAGGAGAGAGGACGCCCUGAAUCUCUCACAAAGGAUGCCCAGAGACUCAGCCAAUACGUGAAGCCCAGAGGAGCAGUGGAUUCCAUGGAAAUCCGGCAGGCCGUUGAGCCAUUGGAUCUUACUUUGCUGGUUACCAAGCCAUUUUCUAAAUCCUAGUGGCAUUAGGGAGCUUGGACUCUUUGCCAUCUACUCAUCAGCAGCUCCCCAUUCUUGGCCAGUUGACCUUGACCUCCUUCUGUCAUCUUGGACUGAGAAGAGUAGCCUAGAUGGAAAUGAAAGUCAUCACCCCUCCUCCAAAGAGGAGUUGUGUCCCACUGCACAGGCUAACCUUGGGGCAGACGGGGAAAGCCAGAGGGGCCCUGAGGAACUCCUAGCCUCCUGGACUGGCCACACCUAAAGACGUUCCCCAGAAAAAGAGAGUUUUCAGGAGUAGGAUAUCCUAGCUGGUAGAGGCCCCAAGGGUGGGGAGGGAGAAGCUGCCUCCUGGAGAAUUAACCAAAGACCCCACAUAGAGACAUAGGGCCAUUAUGGCCCCUGGUCUCUUGUCCAGAGCAGCUGGGACCUUGUGGGGGGUGGGGGUACAGCAGAGAAGCAGUAGCAGAUGAGGUACCAGGGAAGGGUGGACCAGAUGAUCUGUGGGUUCCAGCUAGCUGUGGUGGAUGCUCUAGAGGUCUGUGACUUUUAAGAUUCUGGGAAAAAAUGAGACAUGGAAAGGAUAGGAACAAAGUGUCCUUAAAGAGAACGCAAUGUGACCAGCAGGGCUUUCCAUGGCCGAGGGCAGAGGGCAGUCUUUGAGCAGGGGAGAGGGGCUGGAGAUUCUGGACAGGGACCCAGGAGACAUCAGCCACCCCCCUCCACCUCUCUCCUGUUUCUGCUUGGGGAGCCUGGGUAGGGAAGAGCUGCAUUUAGAUCUCAUGGACUUUCUCCACUAGGGUGAAAGGUAACUUCUAGCUCCCCCAGGGACUUCCCAAGCAGGAGAGCACAGUGGGCUUAUGUGAGACAUACUGUUCCUCCUCCAGACUGUGAGCUGCAGGACCAAACCAGCUGGUUCCCGGAAUCACAGCAGCUCUGACAGGCUGUGUGUGCUGGCGUUGUGAGAAGAGGGCUGGGCGUACAGCAGAGCCAACGCGUGUCAUGAUAGGAGAAGCCAUGCUGUCGUGAGCCUCUGGGUGUAGGUGUGUGUGUGUGUAUGUGUGCACACGUAUAUGUGUAUCUUUGUAUGUGUGAGCUUUGGGGGCGGGGGUGAAGGACAAAUUAGGACGUGUAACAGAGUCCAGGGCACGCAAUAAUUGGAGAAUCCUUUGGGUUCUGGUGUGUGUGUGUGUGUGUGUGCACGCAUGUGCGUGAACUGGGGAUGUGUGAGGGAGGCAAAUCUGGAAAGCAGCAGGGCCCCAUCCAUGUAAAAACAGGAGAAGCCAUGUCAUGAUGGGGUUCUGGUGAGUAUGUAUAUGUAUACACACGUGCAUGAGUGUGUAUGCUUGUGUGCGUGUGCAUUUGUGCGCUGAAUGGCAGAGGGUGGAGGACAGGAUAAAAUCUGCAGCGUUGCCAAAUAUGUGUAAAAGGAGAAGCCAUGUCAUCAAGGGGUCCACGUGUGAGCACAUGUGCACGUGUGUGUGGGCUUGUGUGUGCAGCAGAGAGCAGGAGGGAGGACAGAACCAGACAGACGUGCAGCACAGGUCAAUGCGUGUUGUAUGUGAGAAGCCACGUGGAGCUGGCGUGUGUGAGUAUGUGUGUGAGUAUGCUCAUGUAUGUGUGUUCAGACGUACACAUACGUCCCAGCUCACAGCAGGAGCGGAGAGGGACAAUCAGGAAGGCGGGGAACCGGGGUUUGUUCGCACUUUCAUCGUGGGGAGAGAUCAUUUGUCACAAAGCUUUGCCGAGAUUGUAUAGGCACAGGCACGGGGAGACUGGCCAGUUGGGGGCGAAACACUUCAGGGACUCGUGGCUGGUGAGUGUGCUCUAGCCAGAGUGUCCUAUUUGAAGAGAAAAUGACAUUUUUUUUGCAAUUCCCAGAGAACCGGAUUCCAGUGAAGGUAUUUGCCAAUUUGCUCUCACCACUGUCUUUCUUUAGCCAAUAUGAUUUCAUAGCACACGCCUACAUCCAUGCUCAGAUCACACACACGUGUGUGUGCUUUUGUGUAUGACGCUCUACGAAUGUGUCGUGUUCUUCUGAGGCUAUGCCCAUCUAUAGACUGAGAUGGGAGGAAGCAAAGGAAGCAACAUGUGUAGGAAAGUUUUUCAUCAAAGGAGUGAAGAAUGGUGGGUAUCAGAGGCACAAUUCAAUGAGGAAAAUACCCCCAAAAGGUACUGAAAUAAUUUCUAGACUCCUACACAGAGGUGGGGUGACACGCUGCUGAUCUCCCCUCCUGUUCAAGCCUUAUGGCCAUAUGUGUGGCUAAUGUUCGCCCUCGGGCUGAUGUCCUGCGUUUGUCUUCGAGACCAGCCUAGUGUUCCAAGUGCAGUGGAGACCACUUCUGCCCGAGUGUGAGCUGUGUCUCCCCCAGGGUACUGCAGGUGCCACUACAUCUUGGGGGCCGGGGUUCCCAGCCAGGCGGAUCCUGUGGAAUUAGCUGCAGCAGGUGCCCGUGGGUGUGGAUGCCCACACACGCGGAGGCGCUGAGGUUGGUGGCUGGGAGUGAUGGGCGCGUAAAGCUGGUUUGGGUGGAGAAGAGGAUGGGACUUGCCCCAGCACGUGCUGGACUGGCCCUGCCUGGCUCCACAUACCGGCCCUGAACAGAAGAGAGCCCCCACCUUCUACCCCUGUCUCCCACCCCAAAAUGCCAGUGCUGCUGCUCGACCCCCUCAAACUAGCCAAAUUGAGGGGCGGCAGUGAGGACACAUGCAUGCACACCCCGCCAAGGCCCUGGGGCUUUUGGACAAUGAGCCCUCCUUAUCUCUCUCCCCGUGACCUGUUACUGGUCUCUCUGCUGUGGACAGAUAAGAAAACCCCGUGAGCUUUGUCACCAUUCAGGUGGCCCCACUCUGCGAGUGGCUCUCAAGAGGGGCAAUGCCCCUGUGGCCGAUGAGCUGACUCUGAAUCUCUGAAGGAGGGGAGUCAAGACUCUGCCUAAACUAGUAAAGCAGACUGGCUCCCACCCCGAUGCCCCCGGGCCCUGGCAGAUGGAAAUUCUGGCCCAGGAUCAGGAGGGCUCUGGCAGUGUUGGGUGAAGGCUCCAAAUGGUUGGAAGCCACACCCCUUCCUUAAACUCCAGGAGAGCAGAGGUCAGACCCAGGCACAGGCUCACGGAAAUAGUCAGA